UGAAUUGGAAUCAUCCGCACACCUUCCUAAUUUCUUACUUUUUUAUUUUAGUCAACUCAUUUUUCCAGUCAUACCAAUCGAACGGCUCAUGAAAUUUCUACUAUAAAUACCAAAUUAAAGAAAUCACAUCUUCAAAAAACCCAAAACCCACUGCCCUAAAUCUCCCAUCAAUGGAGUUUUUCAACAAAGCUAAAGCCGUUAGACUCAAAAGCCACUUAGGAAAGUACCUAAUCGCCGACAAAGACGAAGAAACAGUCCGUCAAACCCACAACAAUGGCUCCUCCAGACGAGCUUGGUGGACGGUUGAGCUCGUCGAGGGUAAGAGCCACGUCAUCCGUCUCAAAAGCUUUAACGGCAAGUACCUCACGGCCUCAGACGACGCUUUUCUAUUGGGUAUGACUGGAAAAAAGGUACUACUCAGAGAAGCGAGUUCUUCUAAUACGGCGUCGUUUGAAUGGGAACCCAGAACGGAGGGGUUCCAACAGAUCAAGCUUAAAAGUGGAAAAGGGAGGAAAUACUUGCGAGCCAAUGGGGGAACGCCACCUUGGAGGAAUACAGUAACUUACGAUGUACCUUACCGUACGGCAACACAGAGUUGGAUUCUUUGGAAUGUGGAGGCGGUUGGUUUGGAUAAUAAUUAUGAUGACGUGGAAGUGGAGGAGCAUUUGAGUAUGGAAGAGGAAGAGGAUAUCGAGUCUGUGAGUUGUCGUAAUUUGUCAACGACGUCGUUUUGUGAUUGGCCUAAGAAUAGUAAUAAUAAUAGAUCGGUUUCAAUGGGACCUAUGAUUGGAAUAUAGCAAGUGAAGUAUUUGAUGAAAUUGUCAAACUUAGAAAAGUCUUGAAAUAGGUCGAUAUUUUUUUAUUUGUUUAUUACUUUAUAAUAUGUAUAUAUGUUUUUUUUAAAUAUAAAUAUGCAAUUCUACGGUUCCACUUAAAAA